GGCACCUCCUUCAUCCCUCACCAGACUGCCACAGCUUCUCAAAUCUGAUGGAUAAUGGCUUAGUAUCUUUAUCCGCUAGUUCCCUUGGGACCUGUGGAUGCAUCUCAUUAGGUCCCAUGGACUUGUGCAACUUCAGGUCCCUUAGGUGGUCUUGCACCUGAUCUUCUACAGCAGGUGGUUCUUUUAUCUCCCGGUCCCCGCCUUUGCCUUCUGCACCUUAGGCAGUGUAGUUUCAGCCUUGCCAGUGAAGACUGAGCCAAAAAAACCAUGUGGCUGUAGCACUUUGGGAUGUAGUUUAGUCGGCACAGUUGUGUUCGGCUGACAGUUGGACUUGAUGAUCUUAGCGGUCUUUUCCAACCUUAACAAUUCUAUGACUGUCUAUCUCCUCCAGGCUUAUGGGGCUAAUGGCUCCCCUAUGAGAGCCUUAGAAGGAGCUGAGACGGGGAUUUCAUUUCUCUUACUUAUCAGGGUUCCCCACCCUGUGGUUGUCUCUUUUUGGUCCUUCAUGUUUGUGCAGAUGAGCCUUUUAUGGGUUGAUGGUCCUGGGCUCUGUGGUGGUCCUGGCAUAAGCCAGGGCCAGGGAUUAUUUGGCUCCCUCCACCUGCAUUGUUUCUCUGUGUCCCUUUGUGUAUUUGGAGAUGAGCUUUCCCCUACAUGGUCUAACAUUUCCCCCAUCCCUGGAGAUGUUCAAGGCCAGGUUGGAUGAGGCUUUGAGCAACGUGACCCAGUGGGAGGUGUCCCUGCCCGUGGUAGAAGGGUUGGAACUGGAGGGGCUUUGAGGUUCCUUCCAACCCAAACCAUUCUAUGAUUUAUGAUGGGCUACUUCUGUAACGCUUUCUGGUCUUACACCCUCAGUUAUGCAACAUUUCUGUCUGAGACAAGAGCCUCUCAAAUCCAGUUAGAGGAGCAGAUCUUUACUCCACCUCAAAUCCACAUCUUGUAGCCUUUUGCUCUGAUCUUCGUGCAUAAUUCUAUCAACGUUAAAAAUAGAGUAGCGUACCGAGCCAGUCGAGCUCUUGUUGCCGGUGUCUGAUUAACCUUCUCACCCUUUCUGAUUUGGCUCCUGAAAUAGGUCUCAUUUCUUAGAUUAUCUACCACCUCUUUUCUAUUCUAAGACGCCUGUUUGUAUCGUUGCAACAUUCAGGAGCAGACGGGCAGUGCUGUGAGAGCAACGGGAGAAAGAGAAUCUUCCCUGUAACAUCAUCCUUCUGCCCACGCAUCCGCAUGGGGAGCAAUAGCAGCUCCACAGUGGAUGAUCUGCAGGCUGUUGAGAUCCACCACUGGUACAAAAAGUUCAUGACGGAAUGUCCUUCUGGGCAGCUGACAGAGCAUGAAUUUAAACAGUUCUUUGGGCUUCGAGGGCUGGAUCCAGAGGCCAAUGAGUACAUCGAGCAGAUGUUCCGCACGUUUGAUAUGAACAAGGAUGGAUAUAUUGACUUCAUGGAAUAUGUGGCUGCCCUCAGCCUCGUUCUCCGUGGGAAGAUGGAGCAGAAAUUGCGGUGGUAUUUCAAGCUCUAUGAUGUAGACGGCAACGGCUGCAUCGAUCGACAUGAAUUGCUCAACAUCAUUAAGGCUAUUCGAGCGAUUAACGGUGGCGACCAUGAACUUAGUGCAGAAGAGUUCACCAACCGAGUCUUCAACAAAAUUGAUGUGAAUGGAGAUGGUGAACUUUCUCUGGAAGAAUUUGUGGAGGGAGCAAGGAAAGAUGAGGAGUUCAUGGAGGUUCUGAUGAAAAGUUUGGAUCUGUCGCACAUUGUGGCCAUGAUCAACAACCGUCGGCACAGUGUAUAAACCAAGGUGGGAGAAAACGCUCUGCCAAGAGACAGAGGGGUGUGCGCACGCCAGAAAGAAGAGACGGCGAUUUUUAAAGCAAACAAAAUGUCCAUAAACAAGCAUAUGGAAUUAGGAACAGAAAGACACUGCCGUGUUUGUGUGUCUGAGUGCACAUUCCUGUAUGGACACUGAAGCUCAGCCACAACCAUGCAGAGCAGGUUCAGAAAAAGUGGAUCCGGUUGGUGGUAUUUGACUUGACUUCCAUUUAAAGGCUAAAUUUCAGGGCACAAAUUUCCCUCUGUGUCUCAGAUUGUCGCCUUGCAGCAGACUGAAAAAUAAUGUUAAGUUUAUGAAGAGCACCAGCAGAGCUGGAUGACGGAGCAUGGAGGAUUUCGAAUGUGUACUAAAUAAGACCUUCAAAUGGUUAUCAGUGUAGAGAACUAUCAAAAGAAUGUAACUUCCAUGGUUCUUGUUAUGGUAUUUGAUCAUAAACAACAGUAUAUUUGCCCGUACCAGAUGUGCUUAGGUUUGGUCAUCUCUACAGGAGUAGCUUUGUCUGGAAGAUCCCAAGAGCUGAAAGAAAAAUCAGUUGUUAAAGCUGAGAGAGACCAAUCUGUUCCCAGAUGCUCUGUCAGUAAUUGUGCUGUUUGCAGCUUUCAUCAUAGAACCCUAGAGUGUCCUAAGUUGGAAGAGACCCACAAGGAUCAUCGAGUCUGGGUCCUGUCCCUGCACAGGACAACCACACCAUUCACACCGCGUGGCUGAGGGCAUUGGCCAAAUACAGCUGGAAUAUUGUCAGCUUUCUAUGAUCAAAGAACUCUUUAGCAAACAAGUCAACGGUUUAGGAGCAGCCUUUGUAUCCAGAGAAAAUAUGCUCCUCAGCUUCCUGAAGCAGAUGGAUUUCCUGAGAGCUCAAAUCUUUUUUACACUCGUCCUACUCCUCCCCUUUCUUCCAACUGAAUAAAUGAAGUAUGUGGAGAUGAUCCUAACAUUGUUGCUUCACACCUCCUUUCUUGGUCUUUCGUUUUAUUCUUGGGGAAAAAAACCUAAGAAGCAAAAGGAACAUCUCAGCAAAGGUGACUUGUGAAUUGUGAACACUAGGGUGAAGUUGGUAUUCGAGAUCAGUCCUGCCACAAAUGUCUUAGUCCAUGAUGGGAGGAGGGAUGCAGCACGGAUAGAAACAGAGCAAACCAUCUUGUUCAGUAACGUUAGGUAAGGUCGUUGUGGAAAAAUAAGGGAAGAUUGGUGAGGAUGGUUGUAAACGCACUCAAGCUGAGGUGGAGAAAAACACAUCUAUCACACUAAUUGUUCUUUAGCCUUGUCUGUUGGACAAGUAGAAUAUCCAUGUUUAGAUAACAUGGGUCUGUGAUAGGCUUGGACGCACCAUUUGACCAUGAGAGUGGUGAGACACUGGAACAGGUUGUCAAGGGAAGUUGUGGCUGCCCCAUCCCUGGAGAUGUUCAAGGCCAGGUUGAAUGGGGCCUUGGGCAGCCUGAUCCAGUGGGAGGUGUCCCUGCCCGUGGCCGGGGGGUUGGAAUUGGAUGAUCUUUAAGGUCUCUUCCAACCCAAACUAUUCUAUGAUUCCAUCCAGCCUCCUUGAGAUUCCUGCUCUGCUGUGCGAAAGGUCAAAGCACAGUGGGAAACUCUGGGUGAAUCCUUGACAUACAGGCAAACCCAGUAGGUUUGGUGAUCCUCUAGCAUGAACUGAGCUACGCGGUGCCUGCCUCCCCGCUUGUGUGC